GUUUGGCACUGACAGCUCCAAGAUCUGGCAGCUCAGCUCAGUUGCAAUUGCAAGGCCGAGGUUCUACGGGCUUAGAUUUCACUCGCGAUUUGUGCUCUCUUCUAUGAAUUUAUAGUGUCCUCUCGAAAUGCCGAAUAUCGUUUACGAAGUCAAAUUAGAUUUUAAGGAUGUCCUGCUCCGACCCAAAAGGAGCACGCUCAAAAGCCGCGCCGAUGUCGACUUGUACCGUGAUAUUAACUUUAGGAACUCAAAGAGAAAAUAUCGAGGAGUCCCACUGAUCGCUGCGAAUAUGGACACCGUGGGCACUUUUGAUAUGGCAAAAGCCUUGCACAGGCAUGGGGUGUUUACAACAGUUCACAAGUACUACUCAGUGGAUGAAUGGAAAACAUUUGCAGCUGAAAAUCCUGAGGUAAUGGAAAAUGUUGCACUAAGUUGUGGCACAGGAGAGGAGGAUUACAAAAAGUUUCAACAAAUACUGGCAGCAGUUCCUGGAAUUAAUACACUUUGUUUGGACGUAGCCAAUGGGUACUCUCAAAGUUUUGUUGAUUUUGUGAGGAAAGUUAGAGAAGCGUAUCCUGGUCACACAAUUAUCGCUGGAAAUGUUGUGACUGGAGAGAUGGUAGAAGAACUAGUACUGUCUGGAGCUGAUAUCAUCAAAGUAGGAAUUGGACCAGGAUCAGUGUGCACCACCCGGUUUAAAACUGGCGUUGGCUAUCCGCAAUUAAGUGCAGUAAUGGAAUGUGCUGAUGCUGCUCAUGGUCUAGGAGCACACAUUAUAUCGGAUGGAGGCUGCACUUGCCCAGGUGAUGUUGCUAAGGCGUUUGCAGGAGGUGCUGAUUUCGUCAUGUUAGGUGGAAUGUUGGCUGGACAUGACCAAAGUGGCGGAGAGCUCAAAGUGAAAUCUGAUGGAACUAAAGUUAAACUUUUUUACGGAAUGAGUUCCUCAACAGCAAUGCAGAAACAUGCAGGAGGCAUCGCAUCAUACCGGGCAGCGGAAGGUAAAACGGUGGAAGUGCCGUAUCGCGGGGACGUCAGCGACACUAUCAUCGAUAUCCUAGGUGGGCUUCGUUCUGCAUGCACUUACACUGGAGCAGCUAAACUAAAAGAAUUAACCCGUAGGGCAACUUUCAUCAGGUGCACGCAACAGUUGAAUCAAGUGUUUGCCCAGCUUAGCACUAAAGAUUAGCCCUGUUCUAGGGUUUUCAUCGGAGCUUCACUUGUUUUGUAAGUAAAAUUUGGCAACCUAUAUCUCAUCGAAACUUAUUUAAUCAUAAUAAUAAUAAUGACAAAAUUGGUCUCUAAAAAAUUCACAAGUUAUCUUUGUGAAUUUUUCUGUCAAGUAAUUCAAAACAUUGCUACAUUUUGCUUGUUGCAAAGUGCUGAUUUGCAAUGAAUUAAUUACGUACCAAAAAUGGAGAGAAACUGGAAAAUUUGGGACAGAGAUUGUAAUUUUAGUAUCUAAUUGAAGGACAUCAAGAUUUGCUGUGAGCAAAAUUUAGGCGAGGAAGAAUUGAAGGAAAUGUUAAUUUUGCUGAGAAAAAUUUUAUUAAGUACAAAACCAAGAAUGAAAAACUCUGAAAACAUUGAAAAUUUUACCCAAAAAAUGUUAAGUCUUUGCAUCAAUGGCUUCAAUACUGAAAUUAUUGUUAUUAAAUUAUCCUGCAAAGUAUGCUUUUUCCAAUAUAAACCUGGAUUUCAGGAUCCCAAUAUAUAUCCCUGGAUUUCAAGUUGACGCCAGUUAAGUUCUGGUUUCAAUUUUUCAUAUCUCUGUGUAUUUUAAUUCAAGAUAUUUGAUAUUUUUAAUAAUUAUUUUAGUUUAAUGAUGAGACAUUUCCAUGUUACACUACCUUUUUUUCACUCUCCAAGCGCACAGUUACCAAAAUGUUUGAGAUGCUUCAACAAGAGUGCAAAUGGUUCUAGCCCUCCACAAUUUUCAAUGAGGCCUCCAAAAUUUUCUAAAAUGCACCAGGUUUUCACAAAAAUAUCAGCACAAUGAAAUGUUUAAAAAUUUGUUCAAUAUAUAUACACAUUUUUUUUUUUUUUUUUGCAAUUGUCAUCUGGACGUUAGCACCAAGUGUCGAAUCAAAUCGUUUGAAGGAAACACAAAUUUCUAGAAAAAAAGGAUGAUGAAAGAAAAGGAAAAAAAAACUCUAUGUCAGUGUCCACAAUUUGGUAUUCAUCGGCCAGUUGUGCGGUCAGGAACUAUUUGCAUUCUUGCGCUUCAACAAUCGUUAAAAGCUGUGUACAAUUAACCAAAGCCUUGAAUUAAUGCAAAUUUGUUUAUUUUUAUGGGAUUUUAUUUUACCCUUGGUCAAUGUAUUCUUAAACAACUUGAGAACUGAGAUCCCAGGUGAUUCUGGCCCUGAAGAAAGGGCCAAUUUCAAUUUUUCCAACCUCUUUCCACAGUUACAUUUCUUUACAAAUUAAUUUUGAACCAUCUAAACCCAAGUAAAUUCUUAAAUUUUUAUGGAAUUCUGAUUUUAGCUCAAGAUGAGAAAAAAAAUCCAAUCAAGGGAGUUUGAUGAUAAAUC